AUGGAUUACUGGAGUGCCUUGGAGGUGUAUAAGGAGAUGCUGCUGCUGUACCUGGAGGAGGGCCGGCGGCAGGUCAACUCUCACUGCGCGGACCUGGAGCCGUGGCAGAUCAUCGGAGCAUCGGUCCUCACCACGCUGGGAGCCGUUUGGAUCAAAGGCUUCCUCUUCCAGCAAGAAAGCCUCGUGUCUCGGAUCAAGAAGAAGUGCUUUCGACUCAUCAGGAAGAUUCCCUUCAUUGGCGUAGCAAUCCAGAGCCAGCUGAACAAGGCUUUGGACGACAUGUCUGUCAGUCUGUGCACUUUGAAGGAGGGGAUGAGCUACACCAGAGAGCUGCCCUCUAAAGGUCUCUCCCAGAGCCAAGUCAUGGAAAAAAUCAAGGAGUACGAGACCCUGAAUGAUGUGAAGUGGGAGAAAGGAUGUGUCUCUGGUGCCGUUUACUGGGGCGACGAAACUUUGACCAAAUUACUGGUGAAGGUUUACGGAGAUUUCGCGUGGAGCAACCCUCUCCACCCCGACAUCUUUCCCAGCGUGAGGAAGAUGGAGGCAGAGGUCGUGAGGAUGAGCUGCACGCUUUUCCACGGUGGACCCAACUCCUGCGGCACGGUUACGUCAGGAGGCACUGAGAGCAUCCUGAUGGCCUGCAAGGCGUACAGAGACAUGGCCUACGAACGAGGCGUCAAAUACCCCGAAAUCCUGGCGCCGGUGAGCGUCCACGCAGCUUUCGACAAAGCGGCCCACUACUUCGGGAUGAAGCUUGUUCACAUCCCGUUGGACAAGAAAACCAUGAAGGUGGAUGUGAAGGCGAUGCGCAGAGCCAUCAGCAGGAACACGGCCAUGCUGGUCUGCUCAGCGCCGCAGUUCCCUCACGGAAUCAUGGAUCCCAUCGAGGAAGUAGCCAAGCUGGCCGUGCGCUACAGCCUGCCGCUGCACGUGGACGCCUGCCUGGGAGGCUUCCUCAUCGUGUUCAUGGCCAAGGCCGGCUACACACUCGCCCCGUUCGACUUCAGGGUUAAAGGUGUCACGAGCAUCUCUGCAGACACGCACAAAUAUGGCUACGCCCCCAAAGGCUCCUCGGUGAUCCUGUACAGCGAUAAGACCUACCGCCAGUACCAGUACUUCGUGGCCCCGGACUGGCAGGGGGGGAUCUACGCCUCGCCGUCCGUGGCGGGCUCCCGGCCGGGGGGGAUCAUCGCCGCCUGCUGGGCGACCAUGAUGCACAUGGGAGAGAACGGAUACGUGGACGCCACCAGGAAGAUCAUCAGCACAGCCCGCAAGAUUAAAACCGAAAUCUGUAAAAUAAAAGGAGUGUUUGUGUUUGGAGAUCCGGAAGUGUCAGUGGUGGCGAUCGGUUCGGACGUUUUCGAUAUUUUCCGUCUUUCUAAUGCACUGACGUCAAAGGGCUGGAACCUGAACACGCUGCAGUAUCCAUCCAGCAUCCACAUUUGUUGCACAGUCUUGCACACCCAGCCGGGGGUCGCUGAUCGUUUCAUCCAGGACGUGAAGGAGCAGGUCGCCGUCAUCAUGAAGAACCCCUCAGAGAAAACCACAGGAAUGGGCGCCAUCUACGGCAUGGCCCAGUCCAUCCCAGACAGAUCCAUGGUGACGGAGAUCUCCCGAGGUUUCCUGGACUGCCUCUACAGCACCGAGGUGCCCAAGCUGAACUCCAGCCACAUGAACGGGAACGGCAAGGCCCACUGAGACGGGGUGGGGACCCCCCUCCCCGCCUCCGAGACGCAGGGAAAUCACACCCGCCUCCUCCCAGAGCCCUGAGCUCUUCGCUCUGCGGUUGCCUUAUUUUGCAAAUCUGCGCCAUGCAGAAAAAGAAAAAAAAAAAACAUCUGCAAAGAUCUUUUGAAGCACAAGCCAUUGUCUGUUUAACCAGCCCACAGGGAUCGCUUUCCCCACGGCGUCUCUGCAGUACAGAGGACAAAUGACUGGGUCCAAAGCAGUUUUAGACCUUUAAUUUGAAUUGAAUUAUGUUGUGUGUGUGUGUGUGUUUCUGUGACUCAUUUUGUUUUUGAAAUCCAUUUCAAUCUCAUUUCGCCUUGGAACCUUGAUCUCUGCUGAUUGCGUAGCAACGCUCAGUAUCUGUCUCUGUGUUUUUACCUGAACAUUUCAGCUCACCGUCAUCACGCCUUCACUUUCUGUGAUGACUCGGCAAAAAAAAAACAAACCCAACAUAACCACUGAAAUCCUGCGCUGCCCUCUAGCAUGAAGCCCGCUGUACUGCUCAGAGACUGCUCUUUAUCGUGAAGAGAGAGGAAGCACUGCGACGCCCUGACAGCAACACAUCAGGUUAAUCUGUCCGCCACUUGAACCCGCAGGUCUGAUCCAGCGGAGGACGUUCCUGCUCAAGCAUGAACGUUCAUUUCCAGCUUUUAUAGCACUUCAGCUUUUCUGUCUGCAGUUGGAUGCAUUUGUAGGCAGAGGGGAGAAUUAAUUAUUGGGAUAUUUUUUUUUAGGUUUUUUUAAUUUCAUUUUGAUAAAUCAGUUCUCAAAUUCAGUAAAGGGAGAAUGAGGGCAUUAAGGAGUAUCUGAACCUUAUCAGCCACUUCUGAUUGUUUGAUUCUUGAUUUGAAGAAAGACUUCCAAUAGUUGGCUUGUAAAGUGAAGUAAUAAUUUCAGCUGUCUCAGCCUGGACUGAAGGCCCACAGGAGUAUUAUCACAUGGCAGAAUCUCAAUACUUUCUAUCGACGGUCUUCUGUGUUGUCACCUUGUUGUCUCCUAAUUCAAUCUACCUCAGUUUCUAAUCAAUGCAAAUGUCAUUUAUUCAUCCACUGAAUUCUAACAGGGUGACUGUUUUCCAUUUCUAACGUGAUGAACUCCAGGGGAAUUUAGAAAAAAGAAAAAAAACAAGCUUCACUACAGUUUCUUCAACAGUUUCCCGACUGUUUUAGUAAACAUUAAACUUACAGGUUAAUAUUUUAACACUGCAUACUGUAACACCAAAAGGACCUUGUUUUUUUUUUUUUCUAUGACACAUUUUCCUAACAUAGUUAAUGUUCCUUUUAAUGAUUUCUGUGUUUGUGCAAUACUUGUGAGCUGAAACAAAGGGACUUUCCGUGUGUCGGUCGUUUGGAGGCGUUGUAGUGAACGGCGGCCUGUGAGCCUUGUUAGUGUACUUUAAGUGUUUCUGUGUGAGCACUGGGGAGCGUUCAGUUUUCAGUUUCAUGAGUGAUUCGUGUUUUUUUUUUUUUUUUCUUUUUUUAGGUGCUGAUGAUUCUAAAAGAGAUUAGACGUGAAUGUAUUUAGAUUUCUCAGCUUUUUAGUCAGUGCCUGGUUCAAAGACUGAUGAACCCACCUGUUUCCCCGAAGUGCUGAAAACUACACCUGCGCAAAAAACAAAAAACACUGCAAAAACCCUUUUCCAGUGAUGCUUUGGAAAAUAGUGACAGUUGGAUGGCCAAGGAAUCUAUUUUGAAUACAAACGGCGAUGCGCCUUUACAGAUCCUUUAACAGCGACUCGUGUCUCUCAUAGUUCUGUGUUAUAAUGUAGCAAUAAUAAGUGUUUGAAAUCAUGUUCUCAUUGCAGUUUCCUUCCCAGCGGCACGGAUCCGGCUUCAUAAUGGUUAUCUUCUACUUCACAUGCGAUGUUAAAACCUUUUAAGCACCAGGUUCAGUGACUUGUGAUUCUCUGAAUGUAUCAUGUUUAGACUUUUAGCUAACUUUUUUUUUUUUUCUCCUGUUGAAGUUUCGAUGACGUCCUGUAAGAGGUUCCACAGCAGACGCUGUUGGUCCACUCACAGCUGUCACACGAACAGAGACGGCGGUUCGAUAGUGUUUUCAAUAAAAUGCAUUCAGUCUGA